GUAGCAAAUAUAUACAACAUUCUGACAGGGAAUUCCCCAUUGGAACUUUCUGAAAGCUCCGGCUGCCAAUCCACCAUUCAGAAAAGGGGUCAAUCAGAGAAAAUCAGGUUCAACCCUGUCCGUUCCGGCACACAUAUUUGGCUUAAUUGGAAGCCCGGUUGUAGCUUCAGCAUCAUCAUCAUCUACAUUACCGCCAUUGCUGGCACCGAGCUCUGCCAUGCUGCCGGGUUGCCACCAACGUCCACUCCACUGGGCACUGGCCACUGGCGUCGUCACUGUCAUGCUCAAGCUCGACAACCGGACCUGGACGGCAAUCACACGGCACGAGGGUGGAGAAGACACGACGGUCGACGGUUACAGAUGCAUACGGGACCUUUUUCUUUCUUUUCAUGCCCAAUUCUUAACCCAAAAACUGCGUGGCACAUGAUGUAUUUUCAAUUCUUCCCUUUGAUGGCCAUUUCUACUGAUAUAUUCCAUCGCCAGUUCGAUCGACGUCACGCGAGUACGCGACUCCAUCCGGAUCUCGAUCGGCCUUUGGCCGAUCAUUGGUCAAUGGACGACGGCUAGCCGGCUAGGCAGGCAGUCAGGCAAGCAUGGCGUCCGAGCUUACCGGCCUCGCCGUGGUCUCGGCCGCCGCGGCCGAGGCCCUGUCCUACGCGCGGCUCGCCACCUCGUGCCUGGCCCCCGGGACCCCCCGCCUCGCGGCGCACCGACCGAGCUCCGCGAUGCUGCCAGUGCCAGCACUGCGGGUUGCCACCACCGGGCGCUGGCAUCAUCGUCGUUGCGAUGCUCAAGCUCGACAACUGGACGGCAAUCGCACGGCACGAGAGUGGAGAAGACACAACGGUUACACAUGCAUACGAAACCCUUUUCUUUCUUUUCAUUCCCAAUUCUUAACCCAACCUGCGUGGCGCAGGAUGCAUUUUCAGUUCUUCCUUGCGAUCGCCAUUUCUACUAAUAUAUUCCAUCGCCAGUUCGAUCGACAUCACGCGACCUCAUCCGGAUCUCGAUCGGCCUUUGCCCGCCGUGGUCAUUGGUCAACGGACGACGGCUAGCCGGCAAGGCAGUCAGGCAGGCAUGGCGUCCGAGCUAGCGGCCCUCGCCGUGGUCUCGGCCGCCGUGGCCGGGGCCCUGUCCUACGCGCGGCUCGCCACCUCGCGCCUGCCCCCCGGAAUCCCCCGCCUCGCGGCGCUCCUCCCGGUGCUCCUCUUCCUCCCCAUCCUCCCCUUCGCCUUCUCCUCCAUCCACCUCCGCACCGUCUCCGCCUUCUUCCUCGUCUGGCUCUGCGCCUUCAAGCUCCUCCUCCUCGCCGCCGGCCACGGGCCGCUCCACCCCGCCCUCCCGCUCGUCCGCUUCGUCGCGUGCGCCGCGCUGCCCAUCAAGGUCCGCGACGACAGGCAGCAGCGCCAGCAGCCGCCGUCCCGCUCCCUCCCUUCAGGAUUCCUGCUGUCCUACACGGCCAAGGCGGCGCUCUUCGCGGCGCUCGUCUCCGCCCGGUGCUACAGAUCCCGGAUGCCCGCGUGCGCCGUGCCCGCGUUCGACGGCGCGCACGUGUACCUGAUGCUGGAGCUCUUCCUCGCCUCCGCGGCGGCGCUCGCCCGCGCGCUGCUGGGCGCGGAGCUGGAGCCGCAGUUCGACCGACCCUACCUCGCCUCCUCCCUCCGCGACUUCUGGGGCCGCCGGUGGAACCUCAUGGUCCCCGGCGUGCUCCGGCCCUGCGUGUACCGCCCCGUGCGCGCCCGCCUCGGCCCCGCCGCGGGCGUGCUCGCGGCGUUCCUCGUGUCCGGGGCCAUGCACGAGGUCAUGUUCUACUACAUCACGCUGGAGGUCGGGACCGGGGAGGUGACCGCGUUCUUCGCGCUGCACGGCGCGUGCGCGGUCGCCGAGCGGUGGUGCGCGGCGCGGCUGGGGCCGCGGCGGCGGCUGCCGCGCCCCGUGGCGACGGCGCUCACGCUGGCGUUCGUGGUGGGGACCGGGUCGUGUCUCUUCUUCGCGCCCGUGAUCCGGAGCGGGCUGGACAAGGCCAUCGUCGCCGAGUGCGAGGGGAUGCUGGCGUUCUUGGAGCGGGCUGCCCGGAAUCUGGCCGCGGCGGCACAGUUGACUUGAUUGAACCGUGUAAUCCAAUUUGGUUGCCUGCAGAGUCAGAGAUUGCAUAAUUGAGAGCAACGUGCUGAUACGCGGUUUAGUGAGACUGGCGUAUCGUGUAUAGCAAGAUUCAGAAAUCAGAAUGACAAGGUUCAGUAAUGAAUACUUACGGUAGUGUUCGCAGUGUCGAUUCAGAAAUCAGAAUGACAAGAUUCAGCAAGAUUCAGAGAUUACAGUCGUUGAUUCCUAAUACUGUUUGCAGUGUCGAUUCAGCGUUUUUUUUUAGAGCAGUGUCGAUUCAGCGUUGACAAGGUUCAGUAAUGAAUACUCGAAACUCGA